AUGUGGAUCAACUCACUUCUUGCAGGGGAAGUGCAACAAGAAAGAUUUAUGUUAAUUAUCGGCUUACCUGCUAAGUGUAGUUGGAACCUCAAUCCUCUAAGGGGGAUAGCAAGAGAUGGGUUCAAGGGUAACAUCAAGCAACUCAUCAGAGAUCAUGAUCCGGACAUUCUCAUUCUCACUGAGACAAAAGUCACUAAAAUUGGCUGCGAGGAAAUUGUUGAAAUUCUACCCUACAACUCGAAUGAAGUGCUGGACCCGGUGGGGUUUUCUGGUGGGAUCCUCAUCAUGUGGAACUCGGGUUUCCACGACCUCUUAGUAGUCAACAAGGAGCCUCGUGCAAUCCAUGCUGUUGUGCAGCAUUUUAAAAAUCUUUUCACUUCUGAGCCUUGCUUUCCCCUCCCACCUGUGCAAUCCUUUAACUCCAUUGACUGCUCUCAUCCAGCUACACUUUCUGAAGUUAGAGAGGCCCUUUUUUCCAUUGGUGGCCUCAAAGCACCUGGCAUAGAUGGUUACCAUGCUAUUUUUUUCCAAUUUUCCUGGGACACAUUAAAGGAUGAUUGCCUCCUCUCUGUAAACCAAGUGCUCUCCUGCAAAAUGGUCCCGGAAUGCAUGAAUAGGACUGUCAUAUGCCUAGUUCCAAAGAUUUUGUCUCCCACCCAAAUUACCAGCUUUAGACCAAUUAGCCUUGUUAACACCUCUUACAAGCUCAUCUCAAAGAUCCUAGUCAACAGGAUAAGACCUCACUUGUACAACAUUAUUUCCCCAAACCAGAACAGUUUUCUAAAAGGUAGAGGGACUGAGGUGAACUACAUUCUAGCUACUGAAAUACUCCAUUCUAUGAGAAAAAGGAAGGGUAGCAGAGGUUUAUUUGCUUUAAAGCUAGACCUUGAAAAGGCCUAUGAUAGGCUUGAGUGGAAAAUCCACACUGAAUGUAGCCAAAACAAAUGGAAGCCCUUUAGAUUCAGAGGAGGGAGUGUUGCCAUCUCCCACCUUCUAUUUGCAGAUGAUGUCCUUUUAUUUGGUGUAGCUGACAAAAAAACCUUACAUUCCAUCUCUGAAACCUUAAAAAGUUUUUGUUCUCUGUCAGGCCAGGAAAUAAAUGAGGAUAAAAGUAAGCUUUUUUUCUCUAGAAAUACACCUAUGAGCUUGAGAGAUGAUUUUGAGCAAUGUCUGAAUGUUAGCUCCUCAAAUGAUCUAGGGACUUAUCUAGGCUACCCUUUGUCUGAUAAAAGACCCUCAAGAAGACAGCUUUCCUCAAUCAUUGACAAGUUGGGGAAAAAAUUAGCAAACUGGAAGUCAAACCACUUAUCUAGUGGGGGUAGACUUGUCCUUCUGAAAUCCUCUAUGCUUUCAGUUCCCAGGUACUUGUACUUGAUGUCCUGCAUCAAGCUUCCCCAAUUCAUUCUAGGUAAGCUGGAUUCUAUUUGUUCAAAUUUCUUAUGGGGUGGGGAUACCAUCAAGAGGAGAGUAACCUGGAUUGCUUGGAAGAAUAUCUGUAAAGAAAAGGAGAAUGGGGGUUUGGGGAUCCUAAACAAUAGUGAGAUGAACCAACUAGGCCUAGCCAGAUUAUGCUGGAUGGUGGAUACUAGAGUAAACUGGCAGGGAAAGUCUUAUUUGAGAAGGAAGGGUUGGGAGUUAUUUAGCCAUAGCCUUCACUGGGAGGUGGGAAAUGGGAGAAGCAUUAACUUCUGGGGGGAUAGAUGGUUACAAGCUGACACUGUCAGAUCCCAACUCGUAGGUCCCAUCCCUGAGUCAGCCACAAAUUCUUGCCUGAGUGAUAUCCUUUCCAGCAGUAGAGUUACUCUAGAACAUAAGAUGGGGUUCCAGCUUUGUGACAACUUGUGGAGCAGAAUCCAAAGUGUUAAUUUGAAUCCUAAUGAGGACUACAAUUUCACUGCAUGGUCAAAAAAAGGGAGGUUUGACACCACCAGGGCUAGAGAGUGGCUAGUUAGUAGCAGAACACUUUCUGUUAAUAUGCAUCUCCACCCUGACUGGGACUGGAAUGCUAUCUGGAACUCUAACACUUACCCAAAAAUAAAAGUCUUCAUGUGGCAACUAGUAUGGGAUAGACUCCCUACUUCCCAAAAUCUUCAUCUAAGAAACAUCAAAAAUACCAGCACCUGCCCCUUCUGCCCAAAUCAAAUUUCACUGAGAGCAUUGACCAUCUCUUCAGUUCUUGCCCCAGAGCAUCUAAAUUCUGGCAAAACCUUUCUCACCCAUCCUCCACCCCCAAAUCUGCAAAUGAGAGCUCCCAGCAAUGGAUCCUAA